ACGCCUGUUGCUUUCCUCAUAUCGCUUGAUAUCUUACUAAAAUAUUUCAGGGCAUUGAACUAAUUUUGUUUUUUUUCAAUAGGUGGUACAGAAACGUGCUCCGAGUGUAAGUUAUGGACUCCAAGUACCUAGCCACCAGCAAGGGUGAUGUGGGAGGUCCAUCACCCGUGAAAUUCUCGAUCAAACGGAAAUAUGAUUCCAUGGCAAAUAGUCCCGUAACGGAGAAAAAAUCUCAUCUGACCCAUACAAAGCAACCAAUAGCACCAGUUUUACUGACCAGUAAAAGAACCUCAAUAGAACAGCACCAGAGAUCAUUGCCCGUAUUUAACUGUCGUCAGAGAAUCCUUAGGGAGCUGGAAUUGAACGAUACCGUGCUGAUCAUGAGCGAGACUGGUUCCGGAAAGACUACCCAAAUACCACAAUUUCUUUUGCAAGCUGGAUACGCCAAAAACGGAAUGAUCGGGAUCACUCAACCUCGUAGAGUGGCAGCUAUAACAGUGGCCCGCCGAGUAGCCCAGGAAUUAAACGGAAAUAUUGGCGAUACAGUAGGCUAUACUGUGCGAUUCGAAGAUGCUACCUCAAAGGCCACGAAGAUCCGAUUUCUUACUGACGGCGUUUUGCUGCGGGAGUCCAUUAAGGAUCGGCUUUUGCUUAAAUAUUCGGUGAUCAUUCUGGAUGAAGCUCACGAAAGAACUGUAAAUGCAGAUCUAUUAUUCGGUAUAGUCAAAGAAGCCCAGAAGGAGAGAAGGAAGCAAAAGCUGAGCAAUCUAAAGGUAGUUGUUACCUCUGCCACGAUGGAUAUUGAUCACUUUGGAAAGUACUUUAAUUGCAAAGGAAUGUAUCUGGAGGGAAGGACAUAUCCUGUCAGAGUGAUGCACACUAAGGAGGAACACGAGGAUUAUGUGCACACCGUGCUCGUUACGCUGUUUCAUAUUCAUCGCACCACCCCUAGAAACCAUGACGUUUUGAUAUUCCUAACAGGGCAAGAGGAGAUUGAAUCAUUGGCCCAACAAAUUCGCCAGCUUGCAAAGAUUGAUAUGACUGGAUCAACGGAUCUCCGCGUAUUCACCUUGUACGCUCAAUUAUCUCAGGGCAAACAGUUGGAGUGUUUUGUGCCAACACCUGCCAACGUCCGGAAAGUAAUAUUGGCCACAAACAUUGCAGAAACUUCAAUUACCAUACCCGGAAUCCGAUGUGUUAUUGACUGUGGAUUUGUGAAAGAGAAAUCUUUCAACACUGCCGAUGGACUGGAUGUAUUGAAGUCAGUAAGAAUAUCUCGGGCGCAAGCUUGGCAGAGAGCAGGGCGAGCAGGCCGAGAUGCAGAUGGAACUUGCUACAGGGCGUAUUCAAAAAGGGAAAUGGAAUCAUUUGCCGAUGCUACUCAGCCAGAAAUCCUGAGAACGAAUCCAACUUCAAUGGUGCUGCAGCUUCUUGCCUUGGACAUCGAUUGCAAUAAUUUUGACUUUUUAGACCCUCCACUCGAAGAAGGACUAAGGAGUGCUUAUAAAAGUCUAGAUGCCUUGGGUGCUAUUAAAAUUGGAUCUGUUUCACAUAUAACACCUUUGGGACGACAAAUGGUGCAGUAUCCCUUGGAUCCGAAAUAUUCAAAGCUACUGCUGACUGCCUCAUCGUUUGGGUGCAUGGAGGAAAUUCUCAGCCUCGUGUCUGUCCUUUCAAGUGAUCAUGUAUUCGUCUCAAAUAGCGAUAAAAAUGAAAUGGCUGCCUUGGCGCAUGCAAAGUUUCAAUCUAAACAUGGAGACCAUUUAACGCUUCUGAAUGUAUUUAAUGCGUUUUCUAAAACCGAAAAGCCAAAGAUGUGGUGCCAUGACAACUACCUAAAUUUGCGUAGCUUAACAUAUGCCCGAAAUGUUCGCAGACAACUGACAGAAAUAAGCGAACGACUUUAUUUGGCGCUAAAUAGUUCUGAUGACAUCGAGAUGUUAAAGAAAUGCAUUUUAAAUGGAUUUUUUGAAAAUAUUGCCGUAUUGCAACGAGAUGGUUUCUAUAUAACCGUUUCCGGCAACGUCAGGGCCAAAAUUCAUCCGUCAAGUGUUCUGCAUGGAAAGUAUAAGCCGAGCUACAUACUCUUCACUGAAAUUGUUCAAACGGAGCAAACUUUUCUUCGGCAAGUCACGGAAAUAUCCAUUGAAUGGAUAACGGAGAUUGUACCGUUUGUUAAAAACAUACCAACAAGAUAAAAUAAAGUAAAAAACUAUUGAAAACGUGA